AUGAGCUCAACUCUACCUCUUCCUGAUACAACUAACUCUCAACCCACUUAUUCAAAUAUUCAAAUAAACGGACAAACCCAACCAGAAGGGGGAAUAAUUAAUAAUUCAAAGCCAUCUUAUUAUUAUUCGAAUGUUACAACACAACCCCUGAACUAUGUCACUUAUCAACAACCUCAAUAUUACCAACAACCUCAAUAUUAUCAACAACCCCCAUUAUCCUUUCCACCUUAUAACCAAACAUUUACUACUUCAGAACCAAAAUACGAACAACAAGUUUCUAUUGAACCAUUCUCUUCACCUGAUUUUGAACAACGUUGGUGGCGAUUAACAUUAAUAUUUUUCCUUUUAGGAUUCUGCUGCUUUCCUUUCUGGAUUCCUUCUUUUGUGCUUUCUCGAAAAUCAAGUCAAAGAACUACACGAGUGAUAGGGGCAGUCUCUGGUGUAUUAUUAAUAACGAUGUGUUUUUUUUCGUUGACUAUAGUAAUUCCACUUUCAGUUUAA